AUGUUCUCGCAGAAUAUAUACGAAACCGUGAGAGGUUUCGUCCUAUCCAUCACGAUUGGUCGUGUGAUCGUGUUCUUCCUGCUCAUCAUAUCAUACAUCCUAUACGUCGUGAUCGAAUGCCUCAGGGUAUCUUUAAACUUCAUCCUGUUUUUCAUCUCGCCGCUCAGGAAUGAGGAAGCCGAACCGUUCCAGGGGCUGCGGUUCACGCCCCCUCCCGCCGACCCGCACUCCAGCAGAAACCCGCACGGACACGCCUACAGCCCGGUCAUGGCCUCGACUUUGUCCUCGGAUCCAACCAACGUCGUGCUGCCCGGGGCCCAGGCGGGCCCAGUCCGCGCCGGAGAGGCAGUCACUCGACAGGUAUACGAGGCUAUGAAAUCGGGCUUCUACAAACGUAUUGCCCAUGUGUGGGAUGGAACUGAGUUCCUGGUACAUAGAGGGGAGAGGCGGUUUCGGAAGACUGCCGUACUUGCUGCAGAGGUUCUCCGUAAAUCAGUUGUCAGUCUUGACAAAUGGAUGGAAAAAGUGGAAGAAUACGUAGAGAACGCUCACUCAAAAAGACUGAAAGAACCACAAGUACCCGGCGAGAAGUCUCUGACGGAUCCCGUGGCAACUAAAUCGUGGGCCCCGGUGAAGACGGCGUUUAACUGGGCCACAACUGUCGCCAUGUUCUCCGUGGGAGCCGCCGCUUGCAUCGCAUCUCGCGUGCCUCUGGUUGGCCGGUAUGUCAGCCUGUCUCCGUCUCCUGCGUCCUCCACAUCGGCAUCGCCAACUUCAGAGAAAGACCUGAAAUCGUCGAGCUCGUCCUACGAAUCCAUUCCGGAAUCGACAGCAGCCGGAACCACAGCGAAGAUGCGACGUAGCCAGUUGAAUUUAGAGAAUCAAGGUCAAUGACUAAUGAGUUAAUGUCUCCUAAAUAGCGCAUUAGUACAUGCAAUUGGUUUUAAUCGGUACGUUUGCCGAAUUUCAAAACACCGAUCUCUGCCUCAGUACGCAAAUCUUCGUUCACGAGAAAGAAUAUUUUUACCCAU